UGCGGAUUUGCGACAUAACCCGCGCUUUCCACUGAUGAUAUAUUAAAACCGAAAUUUUAAGUAUUUAGGACCAAGUAUCGAAAUAUAUCAUAUUUCAACGAAGAAAGUAAAUGUAUGCAUAUUUAUAUGAAUAUAUAUCCAUAUCAAAAAUGGAUAAAUAUAAAUGUUAAAUAUGUCGCAAUAUUACCGGGAACUACAAGUAUCGGACAGUGAAAAUCGGACUACUUUCCGGUGUGAUGGUAGUUUUGAAGUGCACCGAAUGUCUCUUGCUUAAACGAUAAGAAUUAAGCAUAAGAAAAAUGCAAUGGAAGGCUAUUUGCCCUCAGAAAAAGCUCGUUUAGUAUUAGGAUACCUGAAGGAAGUGGGCAGCCUCAACACCUUUAAGACUUUUCUCUCCGAGUGCCCUUACUUAGCAGAGUAUGCCUCAUUAUACCGUAGGGGUCAUGAAUACCCUCUCCACAUUGGUGGACAAACUCUAAGCCAGAUAUUGGAUGACUAUGCAAAGAUCAAGUCAAAAGGUUGCAGAAUACCUGAACCAGUUGCAAGUGUUUGGCAGUCAUUUGAGUCUAUGUGUCAUGAACUAAAGAUGUGCUAUAUCCCACAGAUGCGCCUCCCUGUAAUGGGACAAUCGCAUAGAUCAAGGCGUGGAAGUAUGAUACAGUCCUUGAAAAACUCCUUUGCACUCAGUGGCAACACCCAUGACUCUAAGACUAAGAAUAAUGAUGGUGACUGCAAGAGAAGCAUUUCUGAUAGUGCAAUAAGAAAUGACACAAAUGAAACAGAGCCAAAUGCUAAUUUACAUGAACAGGAUAAUCUUUAUGAUAGCACCAAAAUGGCAGCUUCUCAGGUUUUGGAAGACAAGCAACCAGUGCAUAUACUUCCAGUUAAUUUAUCAACCCUGAGAGAUGCAGGCAUACAAGUGAUUACACAAGAAGGCAUCAACAAACAGCUGUCAAAGAAUGUGAAACAAAGACACCUUGGUGUUCAGUUUUCUUCCAGUUCACCAAACAUUUUGAACCAGAGCCACAGUCAGUUACAUGAUAUGACAGGAUCUGAUAAUUGUUUUGAAACUGAAGUUCUUGGGCAUGAAGAAAAGGCACAAUCUGAACAUUGCAUUAGUUCCACUAAAAUAAGAACAAGUCAUAGUUGUAGCAAUAAUGAGACUCUACGUGUUAAAACUGAGCCUCAGGCACAAAAGAGAGAAGAGUCGAAAUCAGUAAAACCUGUCAUAGAUUCAUCUGAUAGCCAGAAUCCACUGGUGGGAAUAAGAGAUAACCAACAAUCUGCGAUAAAUGAUGAUUUUGAUGUAUUGCAAACACCAAAGAAGUUAGAAAUUGCUGUAGAAGAAAAAUGUAUUGGGAAAUCACCAAAAAGGAAAUGUCUUCAGCCUAAAAGGAGAAGUAUUCAAGAGGAGUCACCAGCAAAACUGUCAUCGUCUUCCACAGCUGAUAGGACAUUUAAUGUACCAGCCACAACCAAGGGUGACCCUCCUAACCUAAAGGAGAAAGAAACCCAUGGACAAGUGGCUUCAGACAACAGCUUGGAAUUUUGUAAUGCAGAGGAUGCUGUUGAUAUUCCACAUGUUCUAGAACAACUACUCUCUAAUACAGAGAUUCACCAAAAGCUGGCAGAAAACAUCAACAAAGUGAAGUACAAAGGUCAAGAUGCUCCACCAACACCUCAGACCCCAGCACCUGAUGUUUUGGAUGACUUUUUAAUCAUGCCAGAAGCAGAUUUGCCUAGUGAAGCCAUAACAGAUGUUAUUGAGAUGACCAAACAUGAUCCUGUUUUUGAUUCCCUCUUCAAGCUCUUUAGCAUUGAUAAAAAUGACUUCUUAGAAAAAGAAUAUGGACCUAAUUUUGCCCAUAAGCCAAGAGCCUCUUUUCAUGAAAACCAGCAAGGAACUGAAGAGCAAUCACAACAGUCAACAAAGGCCCAUGAGACCCUGGCAAGUGGAGAGAAAAGUUCAGAACUACAGCAACAGACACAACAACAUGUGAUUAAUACACAACCCACCGAAAAACCCUCAAGUGACUUACCAACAACACCAUCCAGAAAUGCAAGGAGAGCACAAAGUCUAAAUAAAAAGACUGCCAACAAGAGAAGAAGUAAAGGUCGACCUACGAAAAGAGCUGCUUCAAAGUUGCCUGUAUUGUUGCCAGCCCCACCUGUCCAGUCCAGGACUUUACCUGACAUAUCACGUUUUAGAAAUAUAGCACCGAAAUGCACUAGCGAAACGCCUUCUGGCAUAUUUAAAUGUGUUGUGGUCAACGUACCUUCUACAGACACUAAUCCCAGCAUUCAGUCUGUAGAGCCUGCAACCAAAGCAUCAAGCAUGGCAGCAGUAGCAUUUUCAUCAACUGCCUCGCCUUUGUGUCUAGACAGUAAACAGGUUCCACCAAACACAGCAGCAGUGAGUGUGCCUGGAGCUGACCACUCAUCUACAAUGGUAAGGUCAUCUACAGCUGCAGCAAGUGUACCACCAGCUGGCCAUUCUACCCCCAGGAAAGAAGCAGAGAAGCCAUCCACAAAAUGGUCUCCAGCAACAAAGGCCCAUGAGACCCUGGCAAGUGGAGAGAAAAGUUCAGAACUACAGCAACAGACACAACAACAUGUGAUUAAUACACAACCCACAGAAAAACCCUCAAGUGACUUACCAACAACACCAUCCAGAAAUGCAAGGAGAGCACAAAGUCUAAAUAAAAAGACUGCCAACAAGAGAAGAAGUAAAGGUCGACCUACGAAAAGAGCUGCUUCAAAGUUGCCUGUAUUGUUGCCAGCCCCACCUGUCCAGUCCAGGACUUUACCUGACAUAUCACGUUUUAGAAAUAUAGCACCGAAAUGCACUAGCGAAACGCCUUCUGGCAUAUUUAAAUGUGUUGUGGUCAACGUACCUUCUACAGACACUAUUCCCAGCAUUCAGUCUGUAGAGCCUGCAACCAAAGCAUCAAGCAUGGCAGCAGUAGCAUUUUCAUCAACUGCCUCGCCUUUGUGUCUAGACAGUAAACAGGUUCCACCAAACACAGCAGCAGUGAGUGUGCCUGGAGCUGACCACUCAUCUACAAUGGUAAGGUCAUCUACAGCUGCAGCUAGUGUACCACCAGCUGGCCAUUCUACCCCCAGGAAAGAAGCAGAGAAGCCAUCCACAAAAUGGUCUCCAGGUUUGAAGGCUCUGAUUAAUAUGGCAUCUCCUGAGAAACCUAUAAUUGAGAUUUCUGUAGAGAAGAAUCAAGGACUGAAACCUUCAACAUCCAGAUCCAAAUCAAGCAAACCAUCAGUGCCAUUAAAUGUUGCUUAUGUCCCUGAUGGAUUAUUAAGUACAGAACUGUUGAAAGAUAACAACUCUGAUAGUUCACCAACAGCAAGUCUGUUACAGUCCAGUGACAAAAGUACAGAACAACAACAAGAAAUAUCAGGAAUUUGCUCAGGUCUGCAUACAAACUCAACUUUUCAGACCAUUUCUCCCGGUGCUAUAUUACUUACUCCUAGUUCAGAUUCCACUGCACACUCACACUUAGGUUAUUUUCACAGUCCAUGUCCAGCUGCUCAGGGUGGCAUGGUAGAGGGAAACAACAUGUCAAAGAAGACAAUUACAAAGCAUGUUAGAGUGUUGUCCUUUAAGAAGGAUUCAAAAGUUUCAAAACCUGUCACUGCUAAAUCAAAAGCAGCUCUUCCUACAGACGAAGGUGUAAUAUGUGAUAAAAAGCAGAGAAGAAGGGCACCAAAAACAGACAGAAAUGUGGAGACCAACUUCUUUGUAGGUAAACGGCCCAUUGAGACAAUCAAUGUUUUUCAAGAAAGGAAACUGCCAUCUUUGCAUCCUAAGAAAAACCUGAAUUCUAAAAAAGAAACAGUUAGGGAUUUGCUCAGAGCUAAGAUGGAAGGUAAAAAAAUAGCCCAAGGAAACGAUGCCAAUCAGGUGGCUAUGCCAUCUGCAGAAAAUGCACAACAGGUAAUCCUGAGUGAUUUGGUUUGCCCACCUCAGUCAAAGGACUUGCUUACACAAAAGACAAAUGGUAUUGAUUUAACCUUUGUUGAAAAGUCAGAUCUGUGUCCUGCGUCUGAUGCCCUAGCAGCACCAGCUCUGAGGCAACAUCCAUCAGCACCAGCCUUCAGUAGGCAGACAUGGGCAACAGUCUUUGGAGAGAAUUCCAAUCAGGCUUAUCAGCCAUAUCCUUGCAUAGAAAAGGCUAAACCUGACUGUACAGAAAGGAGAAGACAAAACAAACAUAUUCACAAGCAUAAGCAUAAAAACAUAAAUCACAAAAGAAGUUGUUCCAAAUAUAGCACUAAAAAGUAUGAAAGUGGUCAAUUGCCUGUUUUUAGUUUCUCUGCUCCAUCUGUCUUGGAGAAAGUGGAAUCAAACCCACCAACCCAAGGGGACAUGUGUACAGCCAUCUCUCCUCAGCCAAUACUACAGAUGGAAUUGACUUCACCUGCCGUGAUAUUACCAACUGUGACUAGUUCUCAAACAGCACCACACAUUAUUAAUGAUGAUGCAGCUGGGAACAAUCAGUUAUUACCAUGCUCUGACAGUAGUGCCACUACAAAAUUUGUGUCACAAGAGCUCCACAAAUCAGAGAUGACAGCAGCAAUGUUCACAUCAGUUAAAGAUAAUAUAGAGCACAGUACUGUGGAGCCUACCAGUAAACUGACACCAGUCCCUUCAAAAACAAUUCAAGAUAGUAAUGAAAGUGAAGUGGCAGAAACAUUGGUCUGUCUUGCAACUAGGUUACCAGACCUAAUGGAUCCAGACCUUGAAAACACCACUGCCUCCCUGCAGAUGGCAACAGGUGGCAAGAAGGUUGAUUCUAGUCAGGAGAUGAAACCCAGGGGCCGGAAAAGGAGAGAGAGGGGAAAAUGUGAUGAGCCCAGAGCAAAAAAGAGCAAGUUGAAAAAGCUUUCCAAGAUGGAUGUUGACAAGUUUCUUUCCAAGCUUCAUGGGUAGAACUUAAAUGAAAAAUCAUGUGAAAUCGAGCAAAAUCUAGAAAAACAACAAAUGCAAGUAAACAUAGAAAAAGUGACCCAGUUUUGCGAUGUUAACAGUGACUGACAUCAUGAGCAGUUUAUAUCAGCCUUACAAAACUUGACUGUUCUGGGUUUUUUUGCACCAAGCUUGUUAUUCCACCCAAAUUCUCAAUCUAAAACAUGUGUACAGCGUAUAUUACGUAUACUGUUUAUGUAUAAUACAGAUAAGUUCACAUUUUAAGGUAAAUCGUUUUACUUAUUAGCUUCAAAUUUACAGGUCUCUUGGAAGUGACUUAAAUACAGGUUGGGUUUGAAAACAAGUCUGAUUGGAUUUAUUAAAUUUUUAAAAUUAUUUUUGUAAGUUAUGCAUUUUUGAGAAAUGUUCAUUUUUCACAUCUCCAUUCACAUCAACCUUCAUUUUCAAGGUAGACUUUGAACUUCCAUCAUCCUGGAAGCCUUUGUUAGUCACAUUAUUUGAAUAUCCAUGAUACUUUUAUUAUUUAAAAAGAUGGUGAUUAUGCUAUUAAGUGUUAAGUAAUAUUGCAUCAAAGUUGAAGGAAGCCCUAUUUUGGGCAAUGAUGCCAUAAUGACCAUAAAAGGAUCACCAUCUUACUUAUGAUUCUCAAACUUACAGCUUGAUUGAUUUUUUGAAAUUAUUUACCGCAAAUUAUACCAACUGCAGAUAACACAUACAGUGGAAAGCCUGUUGACUUAGUGUCUUUAUAUUUAAUUAGUGUCUUUAUAUUAAUUACUAACAGUAGUUAGUAUCUACUAACAGUUUGGCAUGUUUAAAAAUCAGAUUUUGUUUUUUUGUUUUUAAAGCAUAUGUAUUAUACUAUAUAUGUAUUGCAGGUAGCACAUUAGGCAGAGAAAGAUAAACCUUUUGUCUUCAAAUAUACAGGAGGGAUUAAAAUUAUUUAAUAACAGUUGAGCGUUAAAUAAACAGCCCAUUUGAAAUAUUUUUCUCAAAGUUUUGCUGUUUUUUUGUGGAAUCCUCCUGACACAUUUAGUUUGUGAUAUGUGGACACAUGGGCUGAUCAGUACAUUUAUUGUCCCCUGGGUAAUUACAGAGCUAUUCAAUCACUGGACAUAUUAUUUAGCAAGUAUGCAUUAAGUGAGAUAACAUAAAAAACACACAUUGCGAGUGACUUUGAACUCCCAUACAUUUAGCACUGUGCCAGAUACAUUUUCUGAAAGUCUACAUUAGCAGUGUUACAUAAUUGAAAAUUGAUGAUAAUUAUGAAUGUAAGUGUUUCAUAGUAUUGCAUAUAUAAAUUGACAAAAAAGUAUUUUGUGUACUGUCAGCAUCAACGCUAUAUAUGAAUAAUAGUGCACUUUAUUAUCCUCAAACUCUGUGAUUCAUUUUAUGUUUAUACAGCUAAAUAAAAUGUUUGA